AUGUAUCGGUUUGUUAGGGAAGAAGAAACAGCUCUGAUGAUCAAGAUGAUAAGUCAGAAGUCUGCUUCUAGUUUAAGUUCUUCUUCAGGGAAUUUGGUAAAUUUGAGCGAAGAACUAUCAUUGCUCUUGAAUAACAUAAUCUGUAGAGUAUCAUUAGGGAAGAAGUAUAGUGAAGAGGAGGGUGGUGGGAAGGGCUAUAAGAAUAUGAUUAAUGAGUUGCAAGAAUUAUUGGGUGCUAAAAAGAGCUUCAAAGUUACUGAUCGGUUUCUUGAACAAGUAAUCGAAGAUCAUGUAUCGACGAGAAACAUAAAGAAAAAGAGUGAUCAAGAGGAAGAUUUUGUGGAUGUUUUACUUGACAUUGAAAAGCAAGGCUCAAUUGGUCUUCCUUUCACCAGAGAUAACAUCAAAGCCAUUAUUUUGGACAUGUUUUCAGCUGGGACUGACACCACAUACACGGUCAUAGAAUGGACAAUGGCUGAACUUAUGAAGCAUCCUGAAGCCAUGAAGAAUGUACAAGAGGAAGUUAGAAGUAUCACCAAAGGUCAAUCGAAAGUCACCGAAGAACUUAUUCAGCAAAUGCACUACUUAAAGUCAGCUAUUAAGGAAACUUUGUUACAUCCUCCUAUUCCGUUAUUAGUUCCACGCCUAUCAACAGAAGACAUUAAAGUCAAUGGGUAUGACAUUCCUGCGAAAACAACAAUCAUUGUAAAUGCUUGGGCUAUCGGAAGAGACCCAGACUCAUGGGAGGAGCCAGAAAAAUUCUGUCCGGAAAGGUUCUUAAAUGGAGGAUCAAGUUCUGAAAUUGAUUUCAAAGGUUUUGAUUUUGAGUUGGUUCCGUUUGGAGCUGGAAAAAGAGGAUGUCCAGGGAUUCAUCUUGCCAUGGCUACAGUAGAACUUGCAUUAACUAACCUUCUGAACGAAUUCAACUGGGAGAUGCCAAAUGGAUUGAUGAAUGAGGAUCUAGACAUGGUUGAAGGUACAGGACUUACAGUUCAUAAAAGAUCUGCCUUAGUUCUUUUGGCUACACCAUAUGUAAGUUAAACGCUCAGGAUGUACUCCGAGUUUGAUUGUGCAUUUUUUAUUUGUAUGCUCUUAGUGAGUAACCAGUUUUUGCUGAUAGUACUAGUUAUGAGCCAAUAUUAUAUAUUAACAGUAAGAAUAUUUAUAUUUUUUUGUUGAUUGA